AUGGGCUUCAAGUCUCUGUCCUCGCCAUUGGUCGAAUCUUUCCUCCACGUCCAUGAGAAGCACGGCACCUACAGCAUGCUGGAGAUGAGAGCUCUUGAGCUGAUGGAUUCGGCCGUCGUGUCGGCCCAGAACUUCUCCCAAUGCGACAAGGACAGCAAGGCCAUGCGCGAGAGCUGGCAGCGUGCGAUGUGGGCCGAGGAGAGAAGCCAGGAGGCUUUGUUGGAGGCCUGGGCUGCCACGGUGUCCGGCGCAGAGCGGCUUCUCAUCGCCCUGAACCACGAGCAGCUCUUGUUGCGCCUCGUAGAUUUUGCCAAGGAGGACAUGGACAUGGAACCAUUUUGUGCCGACACGCAGCGGCUGGCGCAGCAGUUCUAUGGUCGGGCCGUCUCCUUGUUGGACCGUGCCGCGUGGCCCCUGGUGCAGCAGGCGAUCACCUUUCAGGCCGUGGCAUCUUACCAGGAGCAGCAGCUGCAACUGAAGCACUUGCAGUACGUCCCCUUGCCCGAGAUUUGGCAGACCUUGAAGAAGCAGCUCGCUGCCGUGGCGGAGCCCUCGCAGCCGGAAGGUUUGCAGGUGGCCGCAGAGGCGCUGGCGGCCAUGGGCCCGGAGCUCUGUCCUGCGCCCCAAAGCUGCCCACGAGGACUUCAGCUCGCCCAGGGCUUCGAGGCCCACGGCCGUGCCUGCCAAGCCGCUGCAAAGACGGUGCAUGUGAUGUCGCCGCACGCGGCAGCCGGCUUGGUCCAGCAGCUGCGCCUGCGUCCGGAGCCUCUGCGCAGCUUGGCGUUGCUGCGCGAGGUGGAGGUGGCGGUGGAAGGUCGCCAAGGGGCACCAGCUUGA